UCACGCGGGCCAGUGCGCACGAGCGCAGUGAAGAGGUGCAGCGCGAGAGAGAAGCGCGUGUGGCACCGAAACAGACUCAACAUGGUGCUGUUACACGUGUUGUUUGAGCACGCGGCCGGAUAUGCGCUGUUUGCCGUAAAGGAGGUGGAGGAGAUCGGCAUGCUUCUGCCGCAGGUCGAGGAAAGUGUCCUUAACAUUGGGAAAUUCAACAGUGUGGUGAAACUUGCAGCUUUCUUCCCCUUUAAGUCUGCUCAGUCUGCCCUGGAAAACAUCAAUGCCAUUUCAGAAGGAGUUGUCCAUGCUGAUCUUAAGCUGUUUUUGGAGACAAACUUGCCUUCAGGGGGCAAGAAGAAGGCAGUGUUUGGGGUGGCUGAUGGCAAGAUUGGGGCAGCACUGCAGGAGGAACUGGGCUUGUCCAUCCAGACCGGAGGGGUGGUGGCGGAGGUUCUCAGAGGUGUGCGCUUGCACUUUCACUCCCUAGUCAAGGGCCUCACGGCGCAGGCUGCAUCCAAAGCACAGCUUGGUCUGGGCCACAGUUAUUCCCGAGCUAAGGUUAAGUUCAAUGUAAACAGGGCUGACAACAUGAUCAUCCAGUCCAUCGCCCUGCUCGAUCAGCUGGACAAGGACAUCAACACGUUCUCCAUGCGUGUUCGCGAGUGGUACGGUUACCACUUUCCUGAGCUGAUCAAGGUAGUAAGUGACAAUGCCACAUACUGCAAGCUGGCCAAGUUUAUUGGGAACAGGAAGGAGCUGAGUGAGGAAAGCCUGGAGGCUCUGGAGGAGAUCACAAUGGACAGCGCUAAAGCCCAGGCAAUCCUGGAUGCAUCCCGCUCGUCUAUGGGUAUGGACAUCUCCCCCAUCGACCUGAUCAACAUCGAAAGUUUCUCCAGCAGAGUCGUGUCCAUCACUGCUUACAGACUAGAGCUGCAAGAAUACCUGCGUUCCAAAAUGUCUCAGGUGGCCCCCAAUCUGGCAGCCCUCAUCGGUGAAGUGGUUGGCGCUCGUCUCAUCUCCCACGCUGGAAGCCUGACAAACCUGGCCAAGUAUCCGGCCUCUACAGUGCAGAUCCUUGGAGCAGAGAAGGCCCUGUUCAGGGCACUGAAGACUAGAGGAAACACCCCAAAGUACGGUCUAAUUUUCCACUCCACCUUCAUUGGCCGAGCUGCCGCCAAGAAUAAGGGGCGCAUCUCACGUUAUCUUGCUAAUAAGUGCACCAUCGCCUCUCGCAUCGACUGUUUUGCUGAGGUUCCUACCAGUGUGUUUGGGGAUAAAUUGAGAGACCAGGUAGAAGAACGGUUGGCUUUUUAUGAGACUGGUGAAACACCAAGGAAGAACCUGGAUGUCAUGAAGGAGGCAGUUGUGCAGGCAGGUGAAGUGGCAGCAGAGAUCAAGCGCAAAAUCGAGAAGAAAGAAAAGAAGAAAAAGAAGCGUGAGAAGAGGAAAUUAGAAGCUCUCUCCACAGCUGAGGGAGAGGAUGAAGCUGUUGAAGCUAAGAAAGCCAAAGCUGAUAGAGAUGCUGUGAAGCAAGAAAAUGGAGACGCUGAGGUAACUGCCAAGAAGAAGAAGAAAAAGAAGGCAGAUGAAGAGUUAGUAGUAAAGGAGGAGGAAGAGGUGUUGUCAAAUGGUGUGGAAGAAGAAGCUCCUCAGAAAAAGAAAAAGAAACGAAGGAGUGAGGCUGUUGAACCCGAGCCAGAGGUGAAGGAGGAAGCCGAGGCUCCUGAACCUGAGCAGACUGAGAAGAAAAAGAAGAAAAAGAAAAAGGCUGAAUAAGGAUCCAUCCUUUAAUAAUGAACAGUUUUUAAAAAAAUGUAUACUGUACAGUUUUUGUUUCUCUUUUGGGCAAGAAAUCUGCGAUGAUGUUCCAUUCUUUGAUGCUUUUUUUUUUUUUUUACCUCCUUGCUUUCCAUUAAAAGCGUCUGUGUGCGCUUGUUCAUUAAAUUCUGUCCAUUUACCUGUAGUGCAUCUUUCACAUCUCUCAGCUCUUGUAAAUGUUGUACUGUCCACACUUAAUGUGAAUAUUCUAUAUCUAACAAAAAAGGUCCGAGUGAGCGUUCAGUGAUGAAAACGUACCUUAAGCGGCUUCCAUUACAUACAUCUAUCUUGCUUUGUAUUGGUCUGAGAUGAUCGACCAGUGCAGCUCUUUGAAAUGUCAGAAUUUAAUGCCUUGUAUAUUUUUAGCUAAAUAAACUCUGAAAUGUGGCCAUUUAUACAAAA